CAAACUACCCCAGCGCUUAUGAUGUAGCUAAUUUUAGGUUUAUUUUAUUAAUGGAAUAAUAUAGAAUAAUAUAGAUUUGCCGUAAGAUGCUUGAGUGAGCGUGAGAGUUUGAAAUUGUGAGUCUCACCCCAGACGCGUGAGUUGACAACCCUGAUGAUUAUCAUUAGAAUUAAAUGCUUUCGCCGCUUUUAUUAACCCAUCAGAGGCAAGCGAAUAUUCACCACAGGCAAGUAACCACAAAGGAAUAUUAUUAUCAAAUGCAAAGUAAAACUGAGCACUCACGAGCCACAUAGUUCUCUCAUAGGACACAAAAGACGACCCUCCCCCACUGAGCACGGGCUGCCGGAAAACGAUUUUUACAUGGACCCUGUAUGCAUCGGUGCUUGAUGUUUAUAAUUAUUGUUCAAUAAAAGUUAAGUAAAAUGUGCAGUAUAUUUUCGUUUAAAAAUGUAGUGAUUAUCUAAUAACACUAGUUAUAUUAGGUCAGUGUACAGAAGUUUAUCAGAUUAAAUUACACCAUAUUCAAAGGUACACUGGGGCGAAAGGCAGCCACCCUGUUCCAGGAACGGAAACGCCUGCACGAACGGAUCGCCUCUCUUUUGUUAAUCGUCUUCCAUUAGUGAAGAAAGUUGUUCAGAAAUAUGAAAAAUCCAUACCAAAUUGAGAAAUCAGCAGAACUCCUACUGUGUAAACGCUUCGCCACGAUGAAACUGACGAACUGAAAGGUACUUAAAAAUGGGGAAGAAGAAUUGCACUGGUUGUUUCUCAUUUUGCCGUCAUGGAAAAUCACACAGUGAUCCAGCCCCCCCACCAGGAUCAACUUGGGCACCCUCAUCAUCAGCUGGUCCUACUGAGAUCGGAAGAGAUGAGGAAGAUCCCCCAUCUUCAAAGGAGACCCCUGUACCCAUCGGCCCCGAGGAACCAGAUGCCCAUCAGGCACAGCAGUGUCCUGAUCCUGGACCACAAACACAUGGGAUGUCCUGUGAUGGGAGUAGAGAUGCCCAAAAUGGUGGGGUGCAGUUCUCCAUCUCUGCCCAGUCCCAAAGCAAUGUGGUGUCUAAUGUUAUGAACAACUGUAACGUCAACUCUGUAAAUAUCCAUGCCACAUUUGGAACGAAUGCAAACCCAAACUCAGCUGACAAAGGUGUUUCUCUGGAGGAAAUACGCAACAAAAUAAAAUCCAUGCUGAAGACGAAGUACGAAUGCAUAUUUGAAGGGAUACCUAAGCGGGGGAAUCCAUCCAGUCUGGUCAGCAUCUACACAGAGCUCUACAUCACAAAGGGAGAAAGCGAGCAGGUUAAUGCAGAGCAUGAAGUGUGGCAUGUGGAGACAGCGGCCAAGAAGACAGACACAGAGGAGAUCACUGUGAAGUGCAGUGACAUUUUUAAACCUUUACCCGGCCAAGAAACGCCAGUGAAGACUGUGUUGACCAAAGGGAUCGCAGGCAUUGGGAAAACCGUCUCAAUACAGAAGUUCAUUCUUGACUGGGCAGAAGGACGGUCAAACACCGACAUCACGUUCGUUUUUCCUCUUCCUUUUCGACAGCUGAAUCAUUUUCAUGACAAAGAAUUUAGCCUGAUGGGUUUAAUUAACCAUUUCUUUCCCCCAAUGGCUGACAUUGAAAAUAUUGAGGACUACAAAGUUUUGUUCAUCUUCGAUGGUCUGGAUGAGUGUCGUUUGCCUUUAAAUGAUAAUUGUCAGUGCUGGUGUAGUGCAAAAGAGUCGGUCUCACUGAAUAUCUUGUUAAUGAAUCUCAUUCAAGGAAAUCUGUUUCGUCCUGCUCUGCUCUGGAUAACCUCUCGACCAGCAGCAGUCAAUCAGAUCCCUCCCCAAUACAUCCAGACGAUGACAGAAAUAAGAGGGUUCAAUGACCCACAGAAAGAUGAAUACUUUAGGAAGAAAUUUUCAAAUGAUAAGAAUCUGGCUGAUAGAAUAAUCAGCCAUGUGAGAUCGUGUAGAAGCCUCUAUAUCAUGUGCCACAUGCCUGUCUUCUGCUGGAUUUCAGCCACCGUCCUUGGAAAAAUGUUGAUUAAAGAAGAUAGCCAGGAAACGCCUAAAACACUGACUCAAAUGUACACUAAUUUAUUGCUGAUUCAGACAAAAAUAAAGAAUCAGAAAUAUAGCCAGGAAUGUUUGGUCAAUAAAAAUAAAAUUUCAGAGUUAGAUAAAAAAAUGAUCAUCAGUUUGGGCCAGUUGGCUUUUCAACAGCUGAUAAAAGGCAAUAUAAUUUUUUAUGAAGAAGAUUUAAGAGAAUGUGACAUUGAUGCCAAGGCAGCAUCAAUGUACUCUGGUAUGUUCACAGAAAUUUUCAAAGAGGAGUUUGAAUUCGAUGAGCAAACAGUUUACUGCUUUGUCCAUCUGAGCAUUCAGGAGUACCUUGCUGCUUUGUUCGUACAUUUUCGGUACAUAAACACUGGUGAAAAUUCUUUAAAUCCCAGCAUUUCAAAGGACAGUAACUUACAUCAGCUGCAUAAGAGUGCAGUGAGUAUGGCUUUGGAGAGUAAGAAUGGACACUUUGAUCUUUUCCUCCGUUUUCUGCUGGGGAUCUCGCUGGAAUCCAAUCAGAAGAUCCUGCCAUGUCUGCUGGGUGGGAACAGUGGCAAUUUACAGUCUUGUGAGAAAACAAUCAAAUACAUCAAGAAAGAGCUUGAAAAGAACCCCUCCGCAGAAAGAGCCAUCAACCUCUUUCACUGUCUAAAUGAGCUGAAUGACACUACCCUGGUGGAGGAAAUCCAGAAUUAUCUACGUUCAGGUUCCCCCAUGGACACUGAGCUGUCCCCAGACCAGUGUUCAGCACUGGCCUACGUCCUGCUGAUGUCCACGGACGUGUUGGAGGACUUUGACCUUUCUGCAUACAACAGCACAGCAGCGGGGCGGAGACGACUACUGCCUGUCCUCAAGUUCUGCAAAAGAGCCUGCCUGCACCACUGUAACAUGACAAAGUUCCUGAUGGAACCAGUGAUCCAGGUGCUCCAAUCACCCAACUCACUCCUGACUCAUCUGGACCUCAGCUACAAUAAGCUGGGGGAAACAGGGGUAAAGCUGCUCUGCGAUUCAUUAAAGGCCUCAUCAACCCUGCAGGUGUUGGGUCUGGGAGACUGUAACCUGACCGGAAGCUGUUGUGAGGGCCUGGCCUCUCUCCUCAUACAUCCCCUCCUCACGCUGAAGGAGCUGCAGCUCAGAGGGAAUGACCUGGGGGACUCUGGGGUGGAGCUCCUCUGCAGGGCUCUUCAGGAACCCAGCUGCCAACUUCAGCGACUGCGACUUUCAGGCUGUCGAGUCACUGAGAAAGGCUGUGCUUCUCUGGCUUCAGCUCUACAAUCAAACCCCUUGUACCUGACAGAGCUGGAUCUGAGCUACAAUCACCCAGGAGACUUAGGACUGGAACUGCUCUCUGCUGCACAGAAAGUCUCCAAAUUGGAGACACUGAUUGUAGACCAUUGUGGCCCAUGCAGAGAUAAACCAGGGCUCCCCAAAUGUAUGUAUUCAAUUAACAGGUGAAGAAUUAAUGGAAAAUUCUUCUGAAAACUUACUUGUCUAUCACUGCAGUGUUUUUGGUUUGCAGUUGAUCAAAAUGUUUGUCCAUGCUAAACUACAGCUACCAUACAGCACAUUUAAACUGCUACAAAGAAAACCCCGACAAGUUCAUUUCACCAGUGCGGUAUGGUGUUACUGAGGCUAGCAUGAUUGCUUCCCACCGGAGACCCACCUUGUUCCUGUGUGUGGAGUUUGCAUGUUCUCCCCAUGCUGUCAUGGGGUUCCCUAGGGGUAUUCCAGUUUCCCUACCACAGUGCAAAAACAUACCAAUGUGAAUAGUAGUUGCCAAAGUGCCCCUUUGUGUCGAAUGAUGAGUGUGGCCUGUGAUGGGUUGGUGGCCCUUCCUGGGUUAUUCCCAACCUUGCGCCCAUUGUUUCCAGGAUGGGCUUCUGUCCCCUACAACCUAUAUAGGGCAAGCAGUGUAGAAAAUGAACGCAUCUUGUGUGUGUGUCUUGUGUGAUAAAUGUGUGUUCAGCUCUGGAAAAAAUUAAGAGACCACAGCACAAGGACUCCAAAAAGGGUGGGUAUUC